AUGGUACAGAGCUCAAGAGGAGCAGAGCAGCUGGACUCCUCCUCUCUCCUCCCCGACCUCACCAAGUCAAGUCAAGUCAAGUCAAAAGUCAAGUCAGAUCAGGCUUUCUCAAGAAUUCAUGUGACCCAAAAUGCCUUUUAUUCCACCUUCAUUACCGCCUCCGCCUCUUGGGCUUUCGUAGCCUCGGCCGUGCCAGCGCCGACCAGCCCAACAGCUACGGACGACGCCAAUGUCAAAGCUGCCCAGGCCACAGCUCUCGCCUCGAUCCCAACCAGCAAGAUCAAGGGAACGCCAUUCGAUCGCCGUGUCUCGAUCUGGAUCGAAAAUACCGGCCAUGAUAUACCUGCCGAAGAUUGCAAGUCACAUUAUCAAACCACGUCAAUAUGGAAGUAUAUGCCACCACCAAAUAAUAAAGUGGCAGCCAACUUUCAACUUUUCGCAAAAGAGGGGAUCACGUUGAGCCAAAAGUACGCCGUCACCCACCCUUCCGAGCCCAGCUAUAUGACAGCUGCGGGAGGGUAA